AUACUCUUAUGGUACUGUCUACUGCAUUAUUUGAAAAACCUGCUUUCAGAAACCUCAUAUGUAAUGGACUUGUUUUGGCUGAAGAUGGAAAAAAGAUGAGCAAAAGACUGAAGAACUAUCCUCCUCCAGGAGAAGUAAUUGAUGAAUUUGGUGCUGAUGCUUUGCGAUUGUACAUUAUUAACUCUCCAGUUGUUCGUGCUGAGCCUUUGCGUUUUAAAAAAGAUGGAGUAUAUGGUGUGGUUAAAGAUGUCUUUUUGCCAUGGUAUAAUGCUUACAGAUUCCUUGUACAAAAUGCAAAAAGGCUUGAGGUUGAGGGUCUUGCACCAUUUGCUCCAAUGGAUCAAUGUACUCUCCAGAAUUCUUCUAAUGUUCUCGAUCAGUGGAUCAACUCGGCAACUCUGAGUUUGGUACAUUUUGUUCGGAAAGAAAUGGGUGCUUAUAGACUGUAUACGGUUGUUCCUGAACUCCUGAAAUUUCUGGAUAACCUGACAAACAUCUAUGUGCGGUUCAAUCGGAAGAGACUGAAAGGUCGUACAGGUGAAUUGGAUUGCAGAGUUGCAUUAUCAACUCUUUACCAUGUUCUGCUAACUUCAUGUAAGGCAAUGGCUCCAUUUACACCAUUUUUCACGGAGGUUCUUUAUCAGAAUAUGCGAAAAGUUUGCAAUGGAUCAGAAGAAAGCAUUCAUUAUUGUAGUUUUCCAGAGGUUGAAGGGGAGGGAGGAGAACGCAUUGAAAAAAGUGUUAGCAGGAUGAUGACUAUCAUUGAUCUUGCACGCAACAUUCGUGAACGUCAUAACAAACCUCUCAAGACACCAUUCAGGGAGAUGGUGGUGGUGCACCCUGAUGCAGAGUUCCUUGGUGACAUUGCUGGCAAACUAAAAGAGUAUGUGCUUGAGGAACUCAACAUCAAGUCAUUGGUCCCUUGUAAUGAUACUUUGAAGUAUGCUUCUUUACGUGCAGAACCUGAUUUUAGUGUAUUAGGGAAAAGGCUUGGAAAGUCAAUGGGAGUUGUUGCAAAAGAGGUUAAGGCCAUGUCCACGGAUGAUAUAUUGGCUUUUGAAAAGGCUGGAGAAAUAACUAUUGCUACUUUCUCUCUAAAGCUUAGUGAUAUUAAGAUCUCUCGUGGUUUCAGACGUCCUGACAAUAUUAGUGAUAAGGACAUGGAUGCCGCUGGAGAUGGUGAUGUUUUGGUGGUGUUGGAUUUACGUCAGGACGAAUCACUGUUUGAAGCUGGUGUAGCUCGUGAGGUUGUCAAUAGAAUCCAGAAAUUGCGGAAGAAAGCUGGGCUUGAACCUACAGACACUGUUGAAGUAUACUUUGAAUCAUUGGAUGAGGACAAGUCAAUUUCUCAACAAAUUCUUGAGGCUCAGGAGGCAAAUAUCAGGGAUGCGCUUGGGUGUCCUUUGCUACCUUCCACCUUAAUCCCACCACAUGCUGUUAUUCUUGCUGAAGAGAAGUUCUAUGGAAUCUCGAAUCUCUCGUUUGCAGUCAGAUUGGCAAGACCAUCUCUAGUAUUUGUCCCGGAUGCCAUUGUCUCUUUAUAUGCAGGAAAUUUGAAGUUUGCGCAAGGUUUACAGGCUUAUUUGUUAAUGAGAGAUCUAUUGAACUUAAAGUCCGAAUUUCAACUUGGAAAUGGGAAGAUUCAAGUCACUUGCAUUGAAAAUCAGCCGCCAGUGGAAGUGGUGCUAAGAGAACACGUCUACUUGAGCGUUGGAGAUUACUUUUUGGGCCCAAAAGCUUCACGAUCGAACUGAUUGUUUGUACUGUUUUAUUUUUUUCCCCCAUUCUUCUUUCUUCUUUUUCCCCAUCCUCUUAGUUGUAUGGGUCAGACAAGGAAACCUGGAGGCUGCCAAAGCAAGAUAGAGGUGCCUAAUAUGUGUUAUUGUUUGUAUACGAAAUGAAAUUUUGGAAAGCAAAAUGAAAGAAAUUCUAUAGUUGUAGCAAGACCGCUUUUUUCAUUCUUAAAUUUGGUCGUUUCAGUCAUAAUGUAGGGAACAAAGGUCCAAGACUCUUUGCCAUACAACGCCUAUCAAUGGAAGAAUCAACUGGGAUGAUAUUACUAUGUAUCAAGAAUUCUUUUUCAUCAGUAUCGCCAUCAAAAUACGACACCUUCAGUUGUUACAACCAA